CCAGCCGUUUCAACAACCAUGCCAGAGGUUCCGAUACCGCACCCGCCCGCAGUGAAAGUCGGAGGUCGUCGUCUGUCGCUCUCCGCACGGCAUAAGCCACACGUCGAUACAUCGACGACUGAACCAACACCGGCCAGGGCCGUCGACGACACCGUCCUUGACUAUCCAAGGCCAACAGGACCUCCCGCUACGGACGAAGAAAGACAUGAUCCGCACCACCAGGAGGAGCUGCCGCCGAAGAAGGACAAGAAGCAGCAUGGCUAUCUUGAGAACGAGAAGAAGAUGAGGGAGUUUGCGCACCACAAGGCCGAAGCUAAUCGGCCCACGAGGGAUGUUCAGCCAGAGCACAAGGGCUUUGGAGCCGGCGGGAGAAUCGCUCAGCCCGGAGGAAGAAGCAUUGACAUUUGAGUGUUGGUCUGAAGCUAAACAUGAUGUGUACGAUUAUUGCCUGGACGCAAUCGGUGUCGUAAUAUUGUACUUUUAUUUAGAGUCUCCUCGAAUGUGAUGUCUUAAAAGUUAUCCUUUUGAUGCAUGCAAUGCGGCUAUCCGUGGUUAUCCAGUGUUAACUUAUUGCAUUCUAAGGACAAGUUUCUGUGAUAUUCUUCAAACUUGCUUCCAACAUUAACUGGUUACAGAGAAAGAAAGAACAAGCAAUGUAGAUCUACUAAAGGGACUUCUACUGUGAUAGAUAAGAAAUGGGAAUGACAUGGAGAAGAGGUCUUGGCUAGCAAGGAAUGAAUAGUGGAUAUAAAAUGUAGGUUACAUUGGGGAUAAAAACCAAGAGAGUGCAGGAG